AUGGACGAUACUACCGAAGGAAACCGAAUUGCUCGAGAAAAUAUUUGUGAAGACCAUGCGAACUGCGCUCUGGCUGGUCAAGAGGCUGAAGACAACGAAGACUACGAAACCGACUACGAUUCGGACGCAUCUUACGAAAUCGUCGCCUCGACGCCCUUGGAGCCAGUCCAGUUACCACCCGACUUCAAUCACGCGUGCUUGACUCAAGACAGAGAAAUUUUUCAUGUGAAAGAACGCGAUCUCGUUUUUGAAGACGAAGAAACAUAA